AUGAAUAUCCCACCAGCAUUCCCGAUGCCUCAAGCGUCGAACUACCAGAGCGAUCCGGAUAAGAUGAGUUCUGCAAUCUCUUACCUGGAGGUCAAAGUAAUGGACGCUAAAAAGACAAUAGAAGAACUGCUGUAUAUGCUCGACAUGCAGGAGAAAGUUCCAUGCCUGGUUCACACCCACCCAGGAUUUGACCGUCCAACAGUACUCUUACAGUGCAGUAUGUUUCCUGAAGAUCUCCUUCAUUGUGCAAUGUCUGAUUGUACUGAGGCUCCGACACAACAGAAGAAACCGAACUGA